UGCUCUCCCCUGCAUCAGCCUGUAAUCCGGUACCUUUAGCCGGGCCGGUGGGAGCCGUCGGAUCGUUUAUAGAGGACAGCAGACCUUCCUGUCGGUGCACACAGAGGGAGAGAGGGAAGGAGAGAGAAGAGAGGGGUUGGUUCUUGUUGGCAUAUCCACGUCUGUAACUCCAGGAUUCAUUAGUGUGGUCUGACAACCGAUUAAAUGGACAGUGAGGUACAGCGAGACGGCAGAAUUCUGGACUUGAUUGAUGAUGCGUGGCGGGAAGACAAGCUGCCGUAUGAGGAUGUGGAGAUACCUUUGAGUGAACUUCCGGAACCCGAACAAGAUAACGGGGGAACAACAGAAUCGAUUAAUGAACAAGACAUGAAAUGGACUGACCUGGCCUUGCAAAACUUGCAUGAAAAUACCCCAUCUGCUGGAAGCUAGAGAGUUACUGAGGGUGUUGAUACCAGCACAGCAACAAAGUUUAUUACUAUGUUCUUUCCAAAAGGCGGGUACCAGCGUUUGCUUUCAUAUGAACAUUUACUCGGGACUUGAUGUCCACAUCAGCAAAGUAAAAUUACAUAACGAAGCAUGAAAGCAAAAAUGAAACAACUUCAGCAACAAUAUUCAUGGACAAUUAAAUGCUGAAUGAAAGAGUGGAAAAUAUCACCAUUGAUUUUUAUUUAUUUAAUAAGAAAGUUUGUAUUCAUCAAGUAGAAGUAAUGAAGGUGGAGCUAUCUCACUUGCAAGCAAUGUGUCAGGAGGAUAAUUUUGGCAUUGGCUAAUAUCUGUUAUAUUCUCAUUAUAUCAAAACCACUUGUGUUGUAUAACCCUGGCGCGUAAAUCAUUUCAUGCUAUUUGUAACUAAAAUCAUAAAUAACUGAUUCACUCAUCUUGCA